AAUCUGGUUCCAAAGAACAGGAGGGCUCUUUCGCCUACGACAGCCAACAAAUCUUUUUCAGCAGCCUCUUACGAUACCCUCACAAGUGGGAACCUCAACCAAAACGAUGGAACCUACAAGCACAACGCACCCUCCGCCGCAGAAAACUUACCCAGCGCCAGCUGCUGGAGAGGCAAAUUUCUCAGGGCAGGCCGAAUCCGUGCCAAACAUGGUGCGGCAAUCCGUCUUGCAUACUGGACAAUUUGAUGUUCGAGAAUCCCAUGAAGCAUUAUGUUGAUCAAGAACGGAGUAAGCAUGGUCUUCUUGUCAAAGACUACUACAAGAACUUUGUGAAUGCAGUGGUGGAAAAGAUCUUCCCAGAAUGUUCCGACCCCUCAACCAAGGCACGGAAGCGCCACGCCAUAAUGUCAUUUGUCGACUCUCCGCCCAUCAAGGUGGCACUCUGGAACUUUACUCUAUUUUGCGACCGCGGUCUUUCUCGGCUCUCUGAUGGGGAUAUCCAGGCAGAGCUCAUCAAAGCUCGACCGAUUUUCCAUGAUUUGAUGUUCGGGGACAAAACAGCACAAACCAUCGAGGCUGUUCACCAAUACAUGGGUCAUGAAGAAAUAAGGGACCACAAAAAGUGGCUGUUAAGUGACUUGGCCGUUCAAUUUCUCAUCCGGGCCGAGGUUUGGCGCCGCCAUGAGACAUGCCGGUCCGCUGAGUGGUCAAUACGCUCUAGCGAAGACGUCGCCGAGUUCCUAACCGCAAUGCUCUUCAAUUACUUGGUGAUGUGCUUCGAUGAGUGCAUGAAGCCCGAGUUGUUGGUUGUUGGUCGGCGUUGGGAUCUUGUCUGGGAGGAUUGGCUGGAGAAGUAUCCUGUUGUGGAGCCGCAAGACGAUGGUGAUGGAGCAAACUUUGUAACCCGAGCGCAACUUGACGAGACGGAAGACGUGGUACUUGAAACAGUGGGAUAUCUUGGAGGAGUCGGCAGAUCUGAUGACAAGCGCAACCCAAUUCGCCAGAGCUUGCAAAAAUAGGAGAAGACCUUGGUUAGAUAGCCCAGGGUGGUCAAUACGGGGAGCUAGUUAUCCAGUCAUAACCUUCCCACAUGUAGUUGUGGAGCUCACGGCGUUCGAAGGAAAUAGUUAUCAAGAUACAGUAUGCACUUUUGGGUCAAGCGUCAAGAGCUUAGAGAACUAGCCAUAAUAUCUGGCCCUCUCGCCAUUAAUUCUUGUUUGAAG